AUGGAGGCUGUUGCGAGGGGCAUUGCGGGCUUCCUGGGACGGUUCCAGAACGGUGCGCUUAUGCAAUCGUGGGCGCAACAUGCUGAGACAAUUGCAAGGGCAGCUGUGAGUGCGGGUUUGCAGGCCGUGGAGGGGAAGAGGGAGCCGGGGGUUUGGGCUUUGCAACAGGCAGAUAUUGUUCGACUGGGAUGGGAGGCGUGGAAGGAUCCAUCUAGUGGCGAGGUGGAACGGGGCACUGCCUGA